CGAUAGUUUUCUUGUCUCAACAACAUGAAAAUUAUUUGUUUUGCUGGCUCAUAAUUUAAUUUUAUGAAGAGCCUUACAAUUCAGACAGACAGCAAUGAAAAAGGCUUGCUCAUCAUACGCGAGAUCGCAGCCGCUGUCGGUGUCCCAGAACGGAGCAGCGGAAAAUGCCGCAAAUCUGCGAGAGGUGACGGUAGAAUGGUAUCCGCAGCUUCAGCACGGUUGGGAAGAUUUCCGUAAAUAUGCCCCAGAAAUUCGCUGGCGACGGCUUAUUGCCUUAUUGGGUCUCACUGAAGUGCUCUUGGUAUUCAUCAUGUUUGCCAUUCAAAUGUGCGGCUUCUUUAUGCAUGGGUCUCUGUUGCUUUCCAGUUUCGCUGUACUUAGCCGAUCAGAAAGAUUUCGAGUCGAUUUCAGGAUGUGAUUGGCCGUAUUGUGAUGUUAGUUUCCACAUGCGCUUUGCCGUCGCCACGUACAUCGUGUCGCUGUUAGCCGGUUCGACCGCUUUCCUGGUAGCCGGAGAACAUCUAAAGCCCAAAUCCCGCUUUCGGCUAAAGAUUUUCGGCAUUAUUAUCAUUCUGGUCAAUCUCGGACAGACCGUAAUGUUAGGCAUUUUGAAAACCCGCAAUGUCAUCAUGGGAAUCAACAUCAGUAAUCCACGAAAUGAUCCCUCGGCCACGACGCUCACGACUGACGAGAUACGUCUGCUCGAUGGAUUGAAAAAUUCCCUCAUAGCCAUGGUUGUCACCUCCGGCGUGCUGCUGUUAACGCUGGCAUUACUGCUCUUGGUCAACGCGCUGCGCCACCACGCAAGGCAUACCAAAUGUGCAGUAAUCGAGCGGCGCUAUGAGAAAGUACCCGGCCACACAUCUCCAUCGGGACGGGAGUAUUCCUACGCUGACAUCCAAGAAAUUAGAAAGUUAACCCGGUUAGAAUCAAACGCGGCGCAACUGCUGACGGGCCCGGGUCCGUGAGAAAAAAAUGCGCAGCAUUUACCUGAUGCUGUAAUGCGCCGCUGCUCGCAUUUUGGCUUUGUGCUUUAUGCUGUUUCCUAAAAAGUGCGUCUUACUGUAUUUCCCAGUGAAUUUGCUGAUGUUUCGUUUUAGAUAAAAUACGGAUAUUUUAUACUGACGUCCAUCGUGUUAACUAUAUUCACAGGCAGACGAAAGGACCAAACACGUGGCUAAAUUUGUGCUCUUUUUUUAAUAAAUUAAGUACAAUUUACGACCAGA